CCUCCAGUGCUCGGCGGAGGUUCGCGCGGGACAGUUCGCGUCGGCGUCGCGUCGCGAUGGCCCCGUGAACGGACAUGGACUCGCCCGACGACGACUGCGCCUUCUUCUUCGACGCCGAGGACGGCAACAUGGGCAACUCGCAGGCCGGGGACGCCGCCGCCGCCGCCGCGCCCGCCGUCAUAGACCCGCGCGCCGAAAACGACGUCCAAGCUGCUGGGACUACCAACCCUCGUCGGGACGCUGGCUCGCUGCCGGACUGCACAGACGACGACGUAUUCGUCGUCCAGGAUGCAGGGGUGACGCCCUCCCGCGCAGACGCCGUCUCGCUCCCUGACCCAGGAGAGAGCUGCACCGACGAUGGUGCCCGAGUGAAGACUCCCGUUGACGCUCCAGGCCAGGGCUGCUCCGCCGUUGAUCCACAAGAGGUUGGGUCGGACCCUCCUCAACUCGCUGUCUCGCUGUCCGACGCACGGGGAGAGGACCGCGACGACGACAAAGCGGCUGGGACGUCCCCGCGCUUGGACGCCGUUUCGCUCCCCGACCCCCCGGGCGAGAGCUGCACAGACGACGUCGUCCAGGAAGCAGGGGUGACGUCCGUCUCUCUGCCGGACGUGUUCGGCGAGACGUGCACCGACGACGCCGAAGACGCCGGGGUGAGACCCUUACUCAGCCCGCCGACGGCGAUCCGCUUCGCCGACGACAGCGCCUCCAACAGGGACAGCGGGUCUCCGGAGGAGACGGUGCCGUCGAAGGACGUCCCUCCCGAGGACUCUCCGCCUCCGAGGGCCGUGUCCCCGUCGAAGGAACCGCGUGCCGCGGACGAGGAUCCUCCGCCGAAGGACGUGCCUCUUCGGGCCGACGAGCUCCCGAAGGACUCGCCGGCCAAGGACCCUGCGCGCAGGGACGAAGAGGACGAGUGCUUCCUGGCGGGCGUGCUGGGCAGGACCAGCGACAAGGCUGAGGCGCGGCUCGCGGCCCGGCGCCAGGCGAGGGCGGAGGCCCGGGAGAUACGCAUGCGCGAGUUGGAGCGCCAGCAGAAGGAGAUCGAGGAGAACUGCUCCAAGAACUAUGACUCCUUCACCGACUGCAGGACGCCCCGCUCGGCAGCCUCCGUAGCCAACAGGAGCACCUCGCUCGGGGGCUCCAACAGCUACCUGUCGAGCCGGCGCAGCUCGGAGGACUCCUUGGAGGAGGGGAUCAGUCUUCGUGAUGUGCGGCACGAGCUGCGGGAGGUGGAGGAGAAGUUCCGCAAGGCCAUGAUCCAGAACGCGCAGCUGGACAACGAGAAGGCGUCGCUGACGUACCAGGUGGAGCUGCUGAAGGACCGGCUGGAAGACCUGGAGGAGGCCCACGCUCAGCUGCAGCGGGAGCACCGGGACAAGGGCCGUGAGCUGGACCAGCUCAAGAGGACGACGGCCAAGCUGCAAGAGGACAUGGAGUGGUACAAGGGCGAGAUGGAGGAGCGCGACCGGCUCAUACAGGAGAAGGGACUGACGAUAGUGGGGGACGACGCGUCCAGCGACGACGACGGCUCCGAUGAACCGGACUCCAACACGCCAAAGAAGCCUCGCAAGAGAGCGCUGGUCACCAUAGAGUCGGCGGAGCUCCUGCAGUCUGUGGGCGAGGGCUCUUUGGACGUGCGGCUGCGCAGAUUCGCGGAGGAGCGCAACGAGCUGCAGGACCAGGUGCGCCACCUGAAGCUGGAGCUGGAGGAGCAGUGCAGCCGCCUGCAGGCGCACGCUCGCGGCGCGCCGGGCGCCACGCCCAACGGGCCCGACGCCGACCUGGAGGACGUGCAGCGGGAAGCCAACAAGCUGCUGGGGGAGUACAAGUUCAAGCUGCAGAAGGCAGAGCAGGACGUGUCUACGCUGCAGGCCACCGUGGCACGCCUGGAGAGCCAAGUGAUCCGCUACAAGUCCGCGUCUGAGUCGGCGGAGAAGGUGGAGGACGAGCUGAAAGUGGAGAAGAGGAAGUUGCAGCGCGAGCUUCGAGAGUCGCAGUCGAGAGUUGAGGAACUGGAGGUGUCGAACAGCCACCUCCAGAGAAGAUUGGACAAACUAAAGAAUGCCAAGUCUGCUCUCCUCAAAGAACUCUGAUGUUAGGAUUCAAAGUGUUUUUAAUUACUUUUGUAAAUACUAUUUUAAUUUUGUAUUAUCUAUUGCCUUACAACAUUUUUUCAUGAGCUUUCGUUUUUACUUGCAGUGAUUUUUUCCGGUUAUUCUAACCCAUUAAAUACGAUUUGGAUCAAGUUGUGUUGUGGUGAAUCAAAUAGCUGCAGAAAUAAUUUUUGCUUUCUCUCACGUGUUCUUUACAGAAACUAUCUUUGUAAUUGUCAAAGAUAAUGGUGGAAAACUAAGCAUAUCCUUUCCUUCGCUUCUUUGGGCAUCAUUUUGUGAAGCAGCUAUGUCUACAGGAAUCAGUUAUAAGCUAUUGCAGCUCAGUUAAGGUUUGUUUUGAUUUUUGUGUUCUCUAUCUCACGUCAUGUGAAAGAAGUCUGUUGGUGUACAAACUUAAGCUUCAGAUAUCAAGUACUAAAAUAUAUGAUAUUCAAUUGUUUUAAAUUAUGGUUGGGUUGAUUAUAGUUGGGUUAUUUCAAAUACCCAAUUAUGUGCCAUACUGUUAGUUAUUAUAGGCAAGUGGCGAAGUAGGGAUAUGCUUCGUGAUAUAUUCAAGGAAAUUAUGUUAGAUCAGCUAAACGUUUUGACAACUAUUAUAUAAAAGUUCUUGAUGCAUUAUUUUUUGUAUAAAAGUAAAUAUAUUUAAUUUAUUCUUUGUUUAAAAUGUUUGAUAUGUAAAUGAGGUUUUAGGUUUCAUAUAAAUCUUCUGUGUGAUGUUAAUUCAGUCAUAAUAUUUCUGUUGAAUAAACGUGGCCCGUUCUGUAAAUAAUUUUUAAUCUCGACCUUGCCUUUUUGUACGCUAUUGUAAUUUAUCUGCCCAAAUUUAUGACAUCACAUUACAUUUUGUCAUAUAUGUUACACAGAAUCCAUUCUGUAGUUUUUUUUUAAUUAGACUGAUUAGUUUGGUUUUCACUUCAGAAAUUAAGUAAAUGUGGGUGUGUAUGUUGCUGCAACAUUGAAAAAUUAUUUCAGAGAUUGAUCCUGGGCUACGUGAAAAUACGACUGACUUAGGAGCACGUGAAUUCUCAAGUAGUCUAUAGAUUCUCGAAUCAUGCACAAUUAAAAAAAAUUAUUAGUUUGCUCUGUACUUCAUGAUUCGUCCAUAAAUGCAGUUAAGUAGAAAAGUGAAUUUUAAAAGCUUAAAAGAUUGCAUGGGCAUUGACUACAAUUUAAGAUGCCAGUAUUUAUUCUGUAUGUACUUAUAUGCAAAAUAAUGCCCCUGAAAUUCAGCAUGCUAGUUUGCUCUAUUACCUGUUUUGCACAUUGCAUCCACACAAUUAAUUUUGGUUCCUGUUAUUAACACAUUUUUCAAAGUUUUUAUUAGUUUAGUGGAAAUAGCAGAUAAUUAUAUACUGUUCUUUCAUUGUUACUACAGCAAUUAUGAUUUACAUUUAUAUAAUUAAAAUCUAUGUUCAGUCUGUUUAAAAGAUAUAUACUUGUACACCUCUGAUUAAUUGAUCAUGAUCAAUUUAAUUUUUAUCACUUAUACUUAGGGCCUGGAAUUUUUCGCGAUCGCGAAUUUUGCGAAAAUUCGCGCGAAUUUCGCAUGAAAUCGCGAAAAGUAAGUACAUUCGCGAAAACCACAACAUUUCUAUAUUACACUGCGAAUAUAUGCCCGAAAAGUACCAUUACGGUAGAAUCCCGCCGAUGCGACGCCCCUCUGAUGCGUCCAUUCCGUUUAUACGACCGUUUUUUGAGAAACCAUGAAAAAUUUGAGCAGAGAAAGUCGAAAAUUUGAGUAAAAUCGGCUGAAAAACAAGUCUGUUACACUUUGUUGGGCACUAUGUGUUCACGUUUAUCUUGGCGAGAGCUGUACUGUAAGCAGGCAGGCAUACAAAAGACAGCUAAAAAUAGAUACCACCCCUCUAGACUGUCCACGCGGCAGUGUCUAGCCGAGCUCGGCGCUUCCACUAUCGCACGAAAAGCUCUCAGCUGUCAUGUUAGAUGUUAUCUUACCCGCACGCACAAAAAGCCGUCUCAGCUGUCAUGUUAGAUGUUAUCUUACCCGCAAGCACGAAAAGCCGUCUCAGCUGUCAUGUUAGAUGUUAUCUUACCCGCCCGCACGAAAAGCCGCUGAGGUAGCUUCUGCGAGAGCGUAAGAAACUAAGAAACUCGUCCGGCCAGGCUUGCAGUAGCGGCGGCUUGACGUCAUACAUGACGUGACGUGACGUGACGCUUACCUCUCCCAUCCCCUGCUAAUUCUUCAAGGCUCAUCCCUCCCAGAGUCACAAACCAUGUAAAAACACCCCCCUUCCCCUUUUCCAUCUAACAUUUCAACACAUUCCCUUCCUUAUUUCAACCUUCUGCGUGAGAAACUGUCAGCAUCCUCCUCCACUCCCACACCGCGUGCGAAAAAGCCAGGUUGUAUAGUCCAUUCUCGGUAAAAUAAAUAUUUUUAUGGGCUUAUACAACUGUCCUUCGCCGUUAAUAAAUACUUUAUAAGUUUAAGUUAUUAUGAAACAAUUUGUUUAUUAGUCACACAGCAGUUUCUGCUGAAAAAUCACUAAUACCUCGAAUUUUAUUGAAUAGAAAAAUUUAGCAGGGCCGUAAAUAUAUUUAUUUUACUGCAUAGUUACUUUUCCAUCUGCAUUCCAACGUGUUUUUAUCAUUUUUUUUUACGCUGUGAAGGGACGUGGACAAGAUAAUUGCUUGAGCUGUCAAAAUAAACAUCGCUGACGGCAGGGCGGGCGGGCAUCCUGUCGGUCUGUCGCUGUGAUUAUCUACUCCAAAAACAUGUCACAGAAUUUCAGUAUAGCAUUGUUCUUAUAUCUUUCGUUUAUAGCCGAAUGUUUUCUACCUGAUCCACACAAGUUCCUUCGCCACGUUUUGAACAAAAAUAACCACCAGCCGGCUAGCAUAGCCGAACUCGCGUGACGCGAAUUCACUUAGUGCGAGUAUUUAUCGGAACCCAUUGAUCAGGGUAUGCGAGUCCGAGGUGUAAAAUGAAUUUAAAAAAGUUGUCUUUUUUACUCCAUAAACUAUUUGAAUAUGAAAUCUAUGCGAACAAAGGCGAUUUUUUAUGUAUUUGGAUAUAUUUGGGGGGGGGGGGGGAGGAGGAAUUGGUCCGAAUUCUCUAUUGCGGCCAUUCCGUUUAUAAGUCAGUUUUUCCGGGAACCGUGAGGUGUCGCAUCAGCGGGAUUCUACGUAUUUGCAGAUCACUUAUACUCACGUGGUUAAAGUAUCAUUAAACCCAAAAAAUUGACAAACACCUAAAUUCGGCUAAGCACGUGGCAUCGGCAGCCGAAAAAAAAAAGAAAAUUUGUAGUUGCAAACAUCUAUUGCAAUGUGUCUGUUUUGUGUAACUGUUUUAGAUUUAAUUGGCUGUUAUUAUGCAUAUUAGUCUAUUCCUAGUAUACAUGGAUUGUUUAUUAAAUAUGUAAACUAUUAUAUUCAAUAACUGCACAAUUUUGUCAACAUUUAAAAUACCGGUAAAAUUUUCAUUGCAUAACGAAAAUACCGACUUUAAACCACCGCUUUUCUAAUUUGAAAGUACCGCUUUUUGCAUACUGGAAACACCGAAAUUUUCUAGGCCCUACUUAUACUAUAUAGUAGCUUGUUUUCAUUUUUUUUUUCCCGUGUAACCCGACAGUUAACAAUUUACAUUAAGAUAGUCUCAAAUUUAGACAGGUGUAUGGUUAUUGUAAAUUUUUCUUAAGAAAUAUACUUAAUUAAAGUAAAAAAAAAGGUAUUGUAUACAUGUAAUUUUUUGCAAAAACAGUUUGAGAAGUGCCAUAUUGCCCAUGUCUCAUCACUUGUCAUUUCUUUGCUGUAGACGAUCAGGGUCGAUUGCAAAUAUUCCUUCACUUGAUCAAGUUUCUUUUCCAGAAGCAAACUUUCUAUUAACAACAUUUUUAUACUUUUUGGUUGAUAGCCACUUGCGACGUCUUAAAUACAUCGAACAACUUACAAGAACACCAAAAAUAAGCUUUAUUUUAUUUAUUUUUUUUAGUUUGAAAAACAACAUAAUGAUUUUUCUCAAAAGGAAAAUUGCAACAGCUGGAUGAAAUUCCAUGGAAAAUGUAUUUCGAGAUGGCUGUAUAGAGGAGCCACGUAGGCAAGUGAUACCUUGGGGGAGGUUUGUCGUGUUUAGUCUCAUUCAGACGACUGUGUUGCAUCUAAACUGAACAUUCGUGAAUCAACGUCCAUCAGUCAUUCCUGUCAUCUACUGAACACAGUUUGUGUUGCAUUUAGCCAGUCCUGUCUCACACCUGUUCCAUAUCAAGACGAGUUGAAAAUUUUAUUUUUAAAAUCAACCUUACAGAGAAUUAUUGCAAGUGAUUUUUCUCAUAUCUUAACAUCACCUGGCAUGAGUCUUAAUGUUGGAUGCAGACUAAUGAUGAUAUCUGCAUGUCUCACGGCCAGUUGCGCCAUUAGCGUGAUCUUGUUUCGUAAGCUUGUUUGGUUGUGGUUCGACCACUGUGUUCUGGGCGCGGAGCGAAGAUUGGGGAACAUUGAGAUAAACCAACUUUAGUCAGGCAUAGAUAUUAGAAAUUAUUUACAAAAAUUUCAAUCAAAUAUAUUUAUGAAAAAAGCAGCUUUUUCUAGAUUUAGAAUUACUUUUCAUGAGAAGUAUGUACCUAUAUUUUAAGUCUUUGAAAAGCCUAUUGUUGUUGGUUUAGGUCAUAUUAUUUCAUCAAAAUUACUUUUCUUAUUAAUUUAAUUUUUUUAACCUACUCAUAUUUCAGACUUAUUCAUUUUGUAAUAACUUUUAAUACAGUACAUGUUUUCAGUUAUUAAAAAUCUAUAGAUGUGAGACAAUGGCCGCAUGAGCUGCGAUCUUGGGGUAACCGAAUAGAGUAUUUGCUCUCUCAUGUCGCAGUAGAUUACAAUGACUUCAUAUAAUUUCAUCCCACCAAUAGAAACACGCCUAAUAUUUCUUGGACAUCGCUGCUGCCUGUUGCCAAAUUUUUAAAAUGUACGAGCUUCAAUUCACUCGAGUAAUGAUAGUGUGUGUUGGUGCAACGUUGUUGGGAACAAUUGAAAGAUCAUUCUUGGGCUAAGAUGAUUGGAUUGUGGGUCAAAAUCAGAAUGGCGCAACUGGCCAUCAGUAUGCUAAUAGUGGACUGCGUUAAUGGCGGUGAUAGAAAUUGCGCUUGAGAGACCGUACAUGCGAUUCACUUUUCUUCUUUAGUUAAGUGAAUAAUGACAAUCCAGGCUUAGGACGACUAAACUAAUCAAAUGUUUUCAAUAAAUUUUCGACGAGAAUGGAAAUGUUGUGUUAUUUCGACAUCAAUAUAUGAUAUUUAAUUAACCUUAAAUAUUUUCUUCAACCUUUUCCAAAUGCUUAUCAAGCCAUAAUAUUUAUUGGAUUCUUUUUAUUUUAUAUGUACUUUCGUCAGAGCUACAGUUACACUUGGGUUUAUUUUACAAUGACUUCCUUAUUUGUUUGCUAACUUCAGCAUCAAGUUGUUACCUGGAGGAUGAAUGGAAAUGAAGCUAAGCCCACACAGAGUGUACCAACAAUCAUGUGUAAUUCACGGAUGUCAAUUUUUGUUUUGUUGCAUUGUUAUUCUAAACUAUCACAGGUUGUUUUCCCUUAAUGGGCCUUUUAACCCUGAAGUUGAACUUGAAAACUGAUCUUUAUCAGCUUCAAACUCACUCACACACACACAGGCAUUCUGUGAUUUGGUAAUUACUGCUUUAAUCUCAUCACAUAAAAAAUGCAAACUGAAUUUAUUUUGUAGACAAUAGGUAACUUAUGAAUUGUAAAAAGAAAAAGUAUUAAUCAAGUUAAAACUUUUAUCUUCCAGUGGUUCAAAGUCUUAAUCCAUUCACUAGCUUUUUCUGUUUACCUUUUGGUAACUGUGUAUUCUGAAUUUUUCAUGUAUACUUUUUAAUAAUAAAAAAAAGUUUAAAAAAGUGUAAAAUAUAUAUCAAGUGCUAGUUUAGCAAUGGACUUAAAAUUUUUUCCUGUUAACAGCUGUCAUUUAUUUCUUUUAGUUAUGUAGCACCAAUUUUUUCAAGGCUUUUUUUUUUCAUUUUACAAAUACUGUAUUUAAAAAUCUAUUGUGAAAUGAAAAAAAGUUUAAAUAGAAUAUCUGCAGAAAAUAACUAAGAUUUCCUUAUAGCAGUUAUAGCUUCUGUUGGUUUAAUUUUGUGAACAUUAACCAGGUUCUCAUGCCAAUUAACUUUAAUUUAUAAGAGUAUGUUAAUUUUCCAAAGUUCUAUUAGAAUUGUAUUACCUACUACACUAUUAUACCAGUGCAAAAUAACAGAAUCUUACCAAGAUUAGGUCAGAAGUUCUUAAUGGUUAAACUUAAAUAUGUUCUAUGUUUUUCUCAGCACACAAGUGACUGAGAUGUUUAUUUGUGACUUAAAGUAGACAUUUUUCACGCAUAUUGUAAUUUGGUAUUCAAACCAUGAAUUGUGAAACUGUGUAGAAUACAAAUUGAAAACUGAUUAUAAGAAACAAAAGUGUUAAGUAGAAUUUUUCUAAAUUGUAUGGGUAAAUGUAAGUGAUGCAUGUUUACUGUCUGUUUUGAAGGCAGUAAAAAAAAAUGGCCAAAUGUUUUUAUGCAAUUUUUGUACGUAGUAGAAAUUAUUGAAUAACAUGGUGGUAAGCUGUACGACAAAACUAUUCUCUCUCUCAUUCGAGCCCAGAAAGACUGCAAGACUGAUACACUGCACAUGUUACCGUUCUGCAUCAAGCCAUGAAGAAAAAAAGAUAAAAUAUUUGCGAAAGGAAUAUUUGUUAGCUACAUUUUCAUUGCAAAAACUGUUUAUUUCUACCCUUUAAAAAUAACCAUGUGAUGACUAAUAGAGCCUGUUGCUACACCUGCCACUUUUUUUGGUCACUGCUACGUGCAUUGGUUGAAACUCUAGAAAUUUGUAGACUUUCAUAGUUUCAGUGCAAAUAGUGUGCAACAUGCAAAUUACAUGCUGCUCUUCAUGAUAGACAGUUUUUUAUUGUAUCCAGUAAUGAAAGUUGUACCCACCACCAACUAUGAAAAACUUAAAAUUGUUGACUGUUGCUGUGUGGUGUUUAUUGUAUUCAGACGUUAAAAGCUCUGUACAUGAGCCUGCUGUAAUGCUGUCCAAAAAGGUAAGCUCCAAUGAAAUGAAUUGCUAGUGAAUGUUUUUACAAAUGUGAAUCGUUGCGAGGUAGCUUUUUUUUCUGGCAGUGUUUUAUAUUCUGGAAAGUAGGAUGUUGAUGUGCGAUACUGCUUUAUCCUCCUUUACGUAUAUACAUAUUUGUAAAUAAUGUACCAAAGUUCAGUGUGUACUUAUGCUAUGUGUAAUUUGGUUUGGUUAUGUGAAGGAUGUAUGCUGAUAGAAUGGGGGAAAAAAAUAUUUUACUAACUUUUUUUUUGUAAUUUUGUUGAUGUGUUAUUGAGUCUGUGAUCAUGUUUUAGUAUUUGUAACUUGUUUAUGUAAAUAUGAUUUUCGAGUUUUGGAAGUAUUGCAUGUCUGUGUGUUUCUUCAAGUUAUGCACAUAACAUUACUUCAGCAGUUUUGUAUUAUUGUGAGUGAGAGAACAAAGAAUUAUAAAGUUAUUAUUCCACAAUUUUUCACUUAUUAUUUUCUUUAAUGGAAUUCAUGAUUGUUCCUAGAGAAUGUUAUAAAUUUUUAUGUUGAUAAUAUUGCUUUCAGGUAGUAACUAUUAUCUACUUGUAAUAAAUUAAUUGUGACUA